GCCCAGGCCCAUUCAUCCCAAGCGCCGCCAGACAGUGUGGUAAGCGGCGGCGUCUGCUUACAACAUGGCGACGCAGAAGAGAGGCGCUGGAGCCAACACUGGAUGGCCCAAGAACGCCACUCCCCCCUCCUACGGUGCCAAGUACAACGGCAACCCCUCCAUGGCCCUCAACAGAACCAUCAGCCUGUACCCUCUUACAAACUACACAUUUGGGACCAAGGACCCACUGUUUGAGAGGGAUCCCAGUGUACCGGCAAGAUUUCAACGGAUGCGUGAAGAGUUUGAUAAAAUAGGGAUGAGAAGAAGUGUUGAGGCUGUCCUCUUGGUCCAUGAACACGGUUUGCCACACGUCCUGUUGCUGCAGCUUGGCACAACAUUCUUCAAGCUGCCAGGCGGGGAACUCAACACAGAUGAAGAUGAAGUGGACGGCCUCAAACGGCUUCUCACCGAGACAUUGGGGCGGCAAGAUGGUGUCAAGCAGGAGUGGGUCAUAGAAGACAUAAUAGGAAACUGGUGGAGACCAAACUUUGAGCCACCACAGUACCCCUACAUCCCCUCACACACCACCAAACCCAAGGAGCAUAAAAAGCUCUUCCUUGUUCAGCUUGGAGAGAAAGCUCUGUUUGCAGUACCAAAAAAUUAUAAGCUUGUUGCCGCACCGCUGUUUGAACUCUACGACAACUCCCAAGGCUACGGACCCAUCAUAUCCUCCCUACCACAAGCUCUUUGCAGAUUCAAUUUUACGUACAUGUGAGAUACAGCUGGGGCUGGAGAGGGAAGACCGUUGCCUGCACUCCUGCCGCAUACCCCGGUUGGAAAUUUUGGUAGCAAUUGUCCUUUUAUAUAAAAUUCCCAUCACUAAAGUAUCAGCUCCUAUGCUGUGAAAUUUCUAAAUUUGCAGCAUUUACUCUAGUUGUGUAAUUAAGUUCAUAUUUCAUGUUUGUUAGUUAAUGUUCAUGACUAGCAGGAAGGAAAAAUAAUUUAUAAGAUAAUUGGCUUCUAGGUUUUAGAGUAUUGUGAAAUUGUUCCCAGGAGACAUUUCAUUAAAAAUCUCUUAAGAAGCUGAGCUCUUGCAAGACUUUGUUAGACUACAGCGGAGACACUUUGCGUCAGUCUAGGAAAUACAGCAGCCACUCUGCUGAUGGUACAAAGUAUGACAUUGAAAAACUAUUUCCUAGUGACCAAAGAGAUGUACUAAAUUUUAUGAUUUUCAUUCCAUUUUUGAAAAAUAAAAAAAAGAUGAAUAAUACAA